CUUAAGUCCUAUUACACUCCAGUGACUCACUUCUCCGCCGUCGCUAUCGCCGUCGCCGUCGUUAUCGCCGCCCUGUGUUUCGUCUUGUAUAAUCGGAUCGUAAGAUGUCAGUUUCUUAUUCUCCUUGCUUUCAACCUCUGAAAGUGUUCCCUACAAGUAAUCGUAUUCGUUCAAGCGGAGCUUUGACCUUGAAUCGACGUAAUGCAGUGGCGUGUAUGAAAAAAUCUCAUGAAGAUACCUCUCUUGAAGCAAAGGUUGAUUUCUUACUAGAUCAUGUCAAAUGGGACGACAAAGGCCUUGCAGUUGCUAUAGCCCAAAAUGUUGAUACGGGAGCAGUCUUAAUGCAAGGCUUUGCAAACAGAGAGGCUUUGUCAACAACAAUCUCAUCACGUAAAGCAACAUUUUAUAGCCGGUCACGGUCAUCUUUAUGGACAAAGGGAGAGACCUCCAAUAAUUUUAUCAAUGUUUUCGAUGUCUUUCUUGAUUGUGAUCGUGAUUCUAUUAUAUAUCUUGGGAAGCCUGAUGGCCCAACAUGUCACACGGGGUCAGAGACAUGUUAUUACACGCCAGUUGAUGAACUCCUGAAACAUCCAGAGGUUGAGAAAAACGAGCUGGCUUUGACGACUUUAUACGCAUUAGAAUCUACAAUCAACCAAAGGAAGGCAGAAACAUCUAGCUCUUCAAAUGGAAAACCCUCAUGGACGAAGCGAUUGUUGCUUGAUGACAAAUUGCUUUGCUCCAAAAUUCGAGAAGAAGCUAACGAGUUAUGCCAAACUUUGGAGCAAAACGAGGCUAAUGGACGGACUGCCUCAGAGAUGGCAGAUGUCUUGUAUCAUGCCAUGGUUUUGCUUUCUCUUAGAGGAGUAAAACUAGAGGAAGUUAUGCAGGUCCUUAGACAAAGGUUUUCAAAGUCAGGCAUUGAAGAAAAGAAUAGUCGGAAAUCCUAGGACACAUAUGGGUAUACAGUUGAAGAAGGCUUCAUUACAGUCUACGAUUGUUCUUCGUUUUCUACGAGAGAGGGGGGGAGGGGGAAUACUCUAGCUCCCUAAUGCUGUUAAAAGUGUAUGUGUUUGUGUGGGGGUGGGGGGUCUUUGUCAAUACCAACCUUAUUGAUGUACUGUUGCUAAUGGGAACAUAUAUGAACAACAUUCUUGAGCAUUUUCUUUUUAACUUAUACAAUCUUAUCAAAUGAGCGAACACUCGCUUCAAGA